AUGAAGAUAUCCUUCCCACUUGCAUCGUCGGCAGUCCUGCUGUUGCAAUCAACUCCUUCCUUUGCCUUUUACUAUCCCGAAAAGGACGUCCAUCGACAGCAGAACGUUCACACUCUCUUCCAAGAGACCUUUCAGGCGGACUGGUGGGAAGAUGUCGUUGUCAAUUCUGAAUUCCCCAUCUCCAGUCUCCGGUACAACGAUAACACUUACCUGGACGGAGGGACGCCCAUGUACGAAGACGAACUGGUAGUGGUGGUCAAGAGCGAUUGUUCCCAGGAAGAGCUAGAGGCCAAGUACGGAACAUUGCAAGUCGAUCCAAAGUACAACAGCGAAGACCGCACAACCGGCCUGAACUUUUUCAUGAAUGUCAACGAGACCAAGAGCAAUGGCAAUAAUGCCACUAUUGAUAUUGAUGAUCUGUCCUUCCUUCCCGCCAGUACCUUUUCAGUCGCUUGGCCCUACACUUCGUAUUGGUGCACCCAAUUUCAGGAGCCCGAUGACGACCUUUCGGGAAUUUCCAAAAGUGCCUCUGUGCCUUCCAAGCGAUCGUACACUAAAGUCGAAGAAAAGACGUCGACCGGAACCAAAACGACAACUACCUUCUUGCUGGCUGUAACCACAUUGACGGCAAUUGUCCUCGGAAUGGUGGGGAGUGAUGGGCAUCGAGGAGGACGAUUUUCCCUUGUCGUUGCACUGGCUCUCAUUUCAGCCGCCGUAUUGGUGACGUCCCACAAUAAUGGUGACCACGAAGACAGAGAAUUGGCUGCUGAAAAUACCAAAGUCUGCAAGAUCAAUGUGGAAAUUCUUCAUGAUGGAUGCCGUUCCACAGAACUUGUCGUGGCAUCGGCUCCGGCCAUUCGAGUGGGCGAUGUGGUAUUGGAGAAUCAACAACAGACAGUGGACGAUUGCACCACUCACUACAAGGCCGCAUUGACAUUCCCUGUCACCACGGAGAUUGACGCGGAAAAUUCCACAUCAUUGCCACAACUCGCGUAUUCCGACUGUUACCGAGCCGUAGAAGGGCGUCCGUUUUUAGACAAGAACGGAAAGCAAAUUCAAGCAGCCACGAACCAUGAUGAGGUUGCAAAUGGAUGGAGCUCCUGUGAAGUGCAAGAUAAGAACCAAAACGAAAACGAAAACAACAACAACAAUAAGCAGAGAGAAGCCUUGGGGCAGAAAUGGGCGCAACGGGCUCUGGGAGAACAUGCCUCGAUAUCAUCCUUUGCCGCCUUUACCAUGGCGCUCAUGGCCAACAAUGCACCACCCGCACUCAUUCAGGACUCUCUAGUGGCUGCAUCGGACGAAGUGCGUCACGCCAAGGUGUCCUUCGAGACGGCUUCUCGCUUUUUGGGCGGUCAACCCGUGGAGCCCGGUCCCUUGCCACCUUCAUCCCAUUCCUUUCAACACAAUUUGACGGCACUCGCAUUGGCCACGGCGCGCGAAGGAUGCAUCGAUGAAACUCUAUCGGCGUUGCUGUUAGCACUCGAAGUGGACGAGCAAGUAGAUGCCUUGGCGUCCAUCACGGAAACGGAACGCGCCAAUCUAAAGGAGGCCAUGACGACCAUCGCCUUGGAAGAAGCCAGUCACUCGGCUUUGGCAUGGCGCACCAUUCAAUGGGUGUGUGCCACCGACCAGGAUGCCUGCAACGCCGUUCAAAGCACGGUCCUGGCACCCGAUCACGCGAAGGGGGCUGUUGAAGCUCGCUUGGAGACUAGUCACGCUGUGACGUCGCCCGAAACAAUCCAAGAUGCCUGGAGUAAGAUUUAUGACGCUUUGUUGCCCUACGUUGUCGCAACAGCAGCUAAACCCUCUGUUGGAGCAUCUGGUGGUGACGAACAGAGCUUGUCACUGACAUCGAUGGUUCCGCGCAUAAUUAUCGAGGCUGUCCAUCGAAGUGACGGUUCUCCAAAGACGGAACAAAAGUUUUAA